AUGAAGAGCGGAAAAAGACGUGCCCCAUGCGUCGGCUGGCGCACUGUCUGCGUCUGGGUGAUAGUCGCCGGCGCAUCAAUGAUCUGUUCUACUACAGCUCGCAUGAGUGAUGGGAGUGCCGAAAAACCUGCAGACUACUACUCCGUUUUGGGGAUCGGCAGACACGCGAGUUCUGCCGAAGUCAAGAAGGCGUAUCGCAAACUCUCACUGGAAAACCAUCCCGACAAGGCCAGCGCAGAUCAGACGUUCGCUGCUGCGACGAGAUUUCACGCGAUUACCGAAGCGUAUGAAGUUCUUUCCAAAAUCCACACCCGACGCCUUUAUGAUUUCUAUGGGCACGACUUCCGCCACAUGGAAGGCUACUUCGAAGAGCUGCCGAGACGUGGAGGGCGUGAGCUUUACAGAUACAAAAGAGGCGUUUUUCUUCUCUAUGAGCGGAACCUGGAGGGCCUGUUGGCGCAGUCGAGAUACACGUGGAUCGUUACUUUCGUGCAACCUGGCUGCGGAAACUGUGAAAGAAAUGUUCCAAUAUACACCCACCUCGGAGAAAAAACGAUGCAGACCGACAACAUCCGCCUGGCAGUGGUGAAUUGCCUGAUGUCAAAUCUGUGUCACUACUUCAACAUCCAUCAUCUGGGCCAAGUCUUCCUCUUGCCGCCUCAGCAGGAAGGCGGGGGUUACUGGGACAAACGCGAGUAUUCGGGUCCGCUCAUCUCAGAUCGAAUCCUGCAAGCGGCGAAGCAAAUUCCACCGCCCAACAUGAAGGAGGUUGAAAGCGACAAAGCCGUGGAGAAACACCUAGCGGCCACCCUUGGUGUCAAGCGUCCUGCAAGUUUGCAGCAGGUGGCGGCGGCUGAUGCUGCCUGGCUAGUGGACUACUAUAAAGCGUCCUGCAUGGCUUGUCGGCGCAUCAAGUCGGAGCUGCGGCAGGUCUCGCAUCAGCUCCGCGACAGGCUGACUAUUUCUUUCGUCAACUGCGGUAAGCGCGCUCGUCUCGCGUCUCUGAAGCAAGCCGAUGGUGCAUCCGUCUGCCUGCCGAAAGGGGCAUCGCGGGCGUGGGUCGACAAACACGACUGCGCAGAUGUCCCAUACUUCCCUUACGCGCGAUUGCUAGUGAAAAGUCAUGACGGCUCAAUCAACCAGGUCCCCGUCGACCUUCGAGACACGUCAGAAGGCGGGGCGGCGGGGACGGCAGCUACUGUCGCCGUUUCGAUUCUGACGCAUCUUCUACAUCUCCCGCGUCAGUCCGCGUCAACGACAUUUCCCUCUUCUGCACGGUCUGAGGAGUUCUAA